UUUGGCACUCGUAAGUCCAAAAACUGUGAGGAUUGCUAAGCCUCACAGGUGACUUAAGAAAAAUUAGUCGUGACAUUAGCUAAAAAAUAAAAAAAUUGAAGUACUGAUGUAAUAAUUUAUAAAAAGCUGGAGAUUAGCCGUCCUUUGCCUUUGGCGCCAAUCACCAUAAACCCUCGACGGACGGUGAAAAAUAAAAUAAAAAACUAAACCCCAUCACUAAUUCUCAAUGGCAGAGGCGACCAUGGAGAUCGACGUCGACGCCCUACCGUCGAAAUCCAACAAGGGAAAGACCCCCUCUGUCGCCGCCGACAAAGGUGCUAGGUCCGGUCCGUGGGUGGAGAAGUACCGCCCUCAAUCCUUAGCCGAUGUAGCUGCUCACCGCGACAUCGUUGAUACCAUUGAUCGAUUGACGAACGAGAACAAGUUGCCGCAUCUUCUUCUCUACGGACCCCCCGGGACGGGAAAGACGUCAACAAUUCUAGCGCUGGCGCGGAAACUCUACGGGGGGCAGUAUAAGAAUAUGAUUCUGGAGUUAAAUGCAUCUGAUGAUAGGGGAAUUGAUGUCGUGCGCCAGCAAAUUCAGGAUUUUGCUGGUGCGAUGAGUCUUUCCUUUGGUGCAAAAUUUUCAGUAAAACUGGUGCUUCUAGAUGAGGCGGAUGCCAUGACUAAGGAUGCACAGUUUGCAUUACGUAGAGUGAUUGAAAAACACACAAAGAGCACCAGGUUUGCACUUAUCUGCAACCAUGUCAACAAAAUCAUUCCAGCAUUACAGUCAAGAUGCACCCGAUUUCGGUUUGCUCCGCUUGAUGCUGCACAUAUUAAAGAACGACUUCAAUAUGUAGUUACUGCGGAAGGGCUUGAUGUCGAUGAAAGCGGCUUUGCAGCUUUGGUGCGAUUGAGCAAUGGUGACAUGAGAAAAGCUCUGAACAUAUUGCAGUCGACCCAAAUGGCUUUUCAACAUGUAACAGAAGAAGCUGUGUACCUUUGUACUGGAAAUCCAAUGCCCAAAGAUAUAGAGCAGAUUGCUUAUUGGCUCUUGAAUGAACCAUUCAUAGCCAGCUUUAGAUUUAUAUCUGAUAUCAAAAUGAGGAAAGGACUUGCUUUGGUAGACAUUAUUAGAGAGGUUACUUUAUUUGUUUUCAAGAUCCAAAUGCCGUCGGAUAUUCGAAUCAAGCUUAUUAAUGACUUGGCUGAUAUUGAGUAUAGGCUGAGCUUUGGAUGCAACGACAAACUACAACUAGGGGCACUUAUCUCUACCUUCACAGACGCACGUUGUGCCAUUGUUGCUGCAGCCAACUGAUCUCUGCAUCAUCUAAUGUGUCUACUUCUGACUUUUUUUCUUCUUAUUUUUGUCCCUUCUAGCAUAGGAAGCCAUAACUCUUUUUCUAAUUGUGAAAUUGUUUUAUCUUAUUAAAAUAUUAUGUGAAUGCAUUGCGUGCUUAAUUAGGUACAAAUUUUCCUUUUAA